CUUGGCUUUCUUGCGCUUCAAUUAGUGACAUUUUGCUGAAAUACAUAUGUUUCCUACUAUGUUCGAGCCGGUACACUUCGACAAGACGACGGAACAGUCCUUGAAUCUGCAAACAUGGCGAUUCGCAACCUGCUACUCGUGGCGAUGGCGGCAACUGCACUAGGCGAAGCUCGCAGUACGAUACAAUCACGACAAUCUUCCACGAUAACCGUCGAUCUGACAAAAACAUACCAAACCAUGGAUGGCUUCGGGACCUCUGAGACCUUUCAGCGCGCAAAUCAAAUGCGUGCGCUGAGCCCCGAACUCCAACGAUACUCCCUCGACCUCCUCUUCAACCGCACCUCAGGCGCGGGAUUCUCCAUCCUCCGCAACGGCAUCGGAUCGAGUCCCGACAGCUCGUCCGAUCACAUGGUAUCCAUCCAGCCGAAGAACCCAGGCGGGCCCAAUGCUGAGCCCAAGUACGUGUGGGACGGUAACGACAACUCGCAGGUCUGGGUCAGCACCGAGGCGGCCAAGACGUACGGCGUCAGGACGUUUUAUGCGAAUGCGUGGUCAGCGCCGGGAUACAUGAAAACGAACGGGAACGAUGCGAAUGGCGGGUCCUUGUGUGGCGUUUCGGGCGCGACGUGUUCUUCAGGCGACUGGAAACAGGCCUAUGCUAAUUACCUGGUGCAGUAUAUUACGUACUACAAGGAGGUUGGAGUGGACAUCACGCACGUUGGGUUCUUGAACGAGCCGGAUCUGACAACGAGCUAUGCAAGUAUGAGGAGUAAUGGGCAACAGGCCGCGGACGUCAUCAAGGUGCUCAGGCCAGCAUUAGAUAAGGCGAAUUAUACGCAGGUCAAGAUCAAUUGCUGUGAUGCUGAAGGUUGGAGUUCGCAGAAUGCAAUGAUGGGACAGUUGCGAUCAGUAGAAAAUCAGUUGGGUGUUAUUACAGCACAUUCGUACACUUCACAACCGGGAUCGCCUAUCAACACCAAGCUUAACGUCUGGCAGACAGAGAAUGCCGAUUUACAGGGCCCUUGGACUGCAGCAUGGUACAGCAACAAUGGUGCAGGGGAAGGCCUCCUAUGGGCUAACAAGAUUUAUGAUGCCAUUGUUCGUGCAAAUGCAUCGGCUUAUUUGUAUUGGAUUGGUGUACAAGGCGGUCCAACCAAUUCGAAAAUGAUUCGAAUAAGUGAUGACAAAAAGAGUGUCAUCCCAAGCAAGAGACUUUGGGCAAUGGCGAAUUGGAGUAGAUUCGUCAGACCAGGAGCGGUUAGGGUCGGUACUUCUGGGUCGCCAUCGGGUGCGAAAGUAUCGGCCUUCAAGAAUCCAGAUGGAACCGUGUCAGUGCAAGUUAUACAAGGCGGGACUUCGAGUGGUGCCGUGGCAGUGAAGGUCAACGGAUUUACAGCCCAAGCAGUGAAGGCGUGGAUCACGGAUAGUACGAGGGACGUUGGGGCCUUGGAAGUAACCUUGUCGACAGACGGAACUACAGCCACUGCGAACGUCCCCAGCAGGAGUUUUGUCACUUUCGUUUUCGAGCCAGUCGGUGCUUCUGAAGGUUCGUGAAUCAUAACGAAGUAAAACCUAGAUACCAGCAUGUCUCUCAAAAGCGCGGUCUGAAAUGAUCCUUG